AAAAAGCAGGCUCUAGUAUCCUCUGAAAGCCUAACUAGACAUGACACAACUCCAUACGAACAUUUCUUACCUCCCACUCCAAUCAAGCAUCACCAGCACAACCUUUUUUAGCUCAAUAAGAAACAUAACCUAACCAUUUCAUAAAGCUAAUGAUGGGAUUCAACAGAAACCUCUUCUGGCUUUCUGCCUUUGUCAUUUUUCUCUUUUCUGUCUCCUUUAUUUUCUAUUGCACUUCACCUUCCCCCAGCGAUUACACAGCCAUUGGUCCUCACGAUAGUUUCAGUUUCCAGCUUGGUAUAUUUAGUGGCGCUCAAGACUUGGUAUCUCUGAUAACAAGUAUAGCUAGGAGGAGACACCAUCACCACCAUCAUCAUCAUCAUAAGGAAAAAUGUGAAGGGGCCAAGUGGGAUUCCAGGCUUAUUCAAGACUAUAACGUGAGUCUUGUUUUCACGGUUGAUUUAAAGGGCUGUGCUAACUUCAGUAGCGUUCAAAAAGCUGUUGAUGCUGUUCCUGAAUCUAGCUCUGAUACCACCCUUAUCAUAAUCGAUUCUGGUACAUACAGGGAGAAGGUAGCUGUGCAAGCCAACAAAACAAACUUAAUAAUUCAAGGUCAAGGAUAUCUGAAUACAAUCAUAGAAUGGAACGACACCGCCAAUUCCACUGGCGGUACUUCCUACAGCUACUCCUUUGCCAUCUUUGCUUCUAAGUUCACUGCUUACAACAUCAGCUUUAAGAACACGGCUCCUCCACCGUCACCAGGAGCGGUGGGGGCACAAGCAGUGGCACUGAGAGUCACCGGUGAUCAAGCAGCCUUCUAUGGAUGUGGAUUUUAUGGUGCACAGGAUACACUGAAUGAUGAUGGUGGAAGACAUUAUUUCAAAGAAUGCUUAAUCCAAGGAUCCAUUGAUUUCAUAUUUGGAAAUGGUAGAUCACUUUAUGAGGAUUGUAGCAUAAACUGUGUAGCAAAAGCAGAGAAGGAUGAGAUUAGUGGGUCGAUCACUGCUCAAGGGAGGCAAUCGAUGGAUGAAGAAAGUGGGUUUUCCUUUGUGAAUUGUAGCAUCGUUGGGAGUGGAAGAGUGUGGCUUGGAAGAGCUUGGGGACCCUAUGCCACUGUCAUCUUCUCGACAACAUACAUGUCUGAUGUCGUAGCACCUGAAGGAUGGAAUGAUUGGAGAGAUCCCUCUAGAGACCGGAGCGUCUUCUUUGGGGAGUACAGUUGCCAUGGAGCUGGAGCAAAUUAUGCAUCCAGAGUCUCUUAUGCCAAGCAACUCAGGGAUUACGAAGCAAACUCUUACAUGGACAUUUCCUACAUUGAUGGAAAUGAUUGGCUUCUUAAUUAUCGUCAUAGUUAUGUUAAUCCUUCGUAUAUCUAAUGCCAAACAAUAAAGCUCCACUAAGACAUCAUUAGGAUUUGGGAACAAACCAAAGUUUCAUUUUUUUUGUUCUUUUGGUGAUCCAGCUGUUCAUAAUUGAUGAGUAAAUUUGACGUACGUCACUUCAAAAAGUUCAAAUUAAACCAAGUUGGAAAGGGAAAUAACUAUUAGAAAAGUACUCAACCCGUGUAAAAUAUUCUGUUU